GAUGACAUUUUUAUUUCAUCAUUAGCAUCAGACGCCAGACUGACUGACACGGUGGACACAGUUUGCGUUUUGACGAAACAACCCGGAAUGAGACAUCUCCAUGUUCACACGCUUUUUUUUUCUUCAAACAUUUUGUUUUAUUAUUUUUCUAGCCUAGAAGGACGCGUGUUUUGACGCGCUCUCCGAGUGUGAAUCGAGUCUCCGCGUUAAAUCAUUGAGAAGAAUAAAACAGGGACUCCUCGCAGUCCGGAUAUCGACAGUCUGUAAGUCAGCCUUGUUUUUUUUUCCCUCUUUCUUUCUUUUUUUUUUUUUUUAAUUCCUGCUUCCGUGGUCACCUGCGUUCAGACCACAACCACAGCGAUGCCAGAGACAACGCAAGAGACGUGCGCUUCGGCCAAGGACUCUCCUUUCUUCAUUAAGAACCUGCUGAACUGUGAUAGCAAACCGUCCAAACCCAAGCCCGUACUCGCUGCCACCAAGGCGGCCUUGGAGGGAGGAUUUUCCCUUUCCCAAGUCGGGGACUUGCACUUUCCACGCUUUGACCUGCCCGCACAGAGAUUCAGUCUACCGGCUCACUACUUGGAGCGCACCUCGGCGUGGUGGUACCCCUACACCCUCACCUCAUCCGCCCACCUACAUAGAAGUGAAGCCACCGAGAAACCAGGAGCCAGAGACUCCUCUCCAACCUCGGGCACGGACAGAGACUCUCCGGACCUGGUGCUCAAAUCCGAGCCAGACGCCAAAGACGACGAUGAGGACGACGAGCACAACAACAACAAAAGCGGUGACGAGAUAAUCCUGGAGGAGAGCGACACGGAAGAAGCCAAAAAAGACGAGCUGGAGGAGUGGAAGAAGAGAGAAGAUGACAAGAAGCCGUGCCGCAAGAAGAAGACGCGCACGGUUUUCUCCCGGAGCCAGGUGUUCCAGCUGGAGUCCACCUUCGACAUGAAGCGGUACCUGAGCAGCUCGGAGCGGGCCGGGCUGGCCGCGUCCCUGCACCUGACGGAGACUCAGGUGAAGAUCUGGUUCCAGAACAGGAGGAACAAGUGGAAAAGGCAGCUGGCCGCGGAGCUGGAAGCCGCCAACCUGAGCCACGCCGCGGCGCAGAGGAUAGUCCGAGUGCCCAUCCUCUACCACGAGAACUCGGCCUCGGAGAGCGGAGGCGCCGCUGCCAACGUGCCCGUGAGCCAACCGCUGCUCACCUUCCCGCACCCUGGCGUCUACUACUCUCACCCCAUCGUCACAUCAGUGCCGCUGCUCAGACCGGUUUGAAAAUAGCUGAGUUUUGCGGAACAAGUUCAAAAUCAAAAUAACAAGAAUAACAAUAAAAAGACUAAAUAUUUUUGUACAAGUGACAGAAUGAAAAAAAAGAUACACGCACACGCACACACACGCACACACACACACGCACACACAGUCUACGUGGACUUUAUGUCAUUUUCCAUAAGGGUGCCGUUUACACGUGAUCCAAAAAUUCGAAUCCCGUGUUAUUAUUAUUAUUAUUAUUAUUAUAUAAAAUGAUCACCCUGGAGUUCACCUGCUCACACUGCCUGAUGAGUGUCCUUCUUUUUUUCCUAGUUUUUACAUCCUGACUGUUACUGGACAGGCCACCUCUGUGUGAUAUACUAAGAAAAAAAAAACAUACUUUGUUUACAGAAGUUGGCGGCCUAAAGGCGCGGGCCUGCUUAUCAGCUCACACACUUAUUUGCUUUAGUUCACAUUUCCAUACCCUGAUAACACGAAUGAUGUGCAAUACAUUGACGGUGUGCUGUGAAUGAAUGAAUCCACUGAACGGGAGAAAUGUUUUGGUGUGUCAUGUGUUCACGGUGGAACACUGACUGGGCUUUGUUGUGAUAUUUCCCUUUUUUUUUUCUCGCUGUUUGAAGCGUUUGACCGGGGACAAUCAAGACACUGGCAACUGUAAAAAUACUCCUGUAGCUACAUGUUUAGUUUUAGUGAUUCUCAAUCGUGUUCCCUCCACACGGACACGUCCUUCAAGCACAAGUGUGAACUCCGAUGUCUCUUGAUCUACUUUGUGUUUUUGAGCAGGGGCGCAAAAAAUGUCGACUACACUGGUGUACAAAAUAUGUAAAUGUAUAUAUUUAAUGAGGCGCGGGGAGAGGAGCUGCCACUUGCGGCUUCUCCUUUGUACAGUAAAAACAACGUUUUGAUAUUGUAUU